UGAGCGUUAGGACGAUUCUUGUUCGUCAAGUUGAUUUGAGGCGAGAUCCAUCAAUAUAACACUUGAGGAACGCCACUGCUUUUGGAUUUAUAUCAUCGAGCCCAUUAAGCCUCAGACAUUCGUCUCCUCUUCGUUUGAUAUUAUUAUGCACUCUCUAACAAGUGACACAAGCAGACUCUGUAUACACACACGUCUUAACUUUGUUGGCGUCAAAUGCCAGGUGUUUUCAAUGUCCCCAUCACACUUCUGGGUUACUUACUGUUUGUAAAUAAUGCUCAAUGUAUAUCACACAUAUAAUCCAG